AUGGAAAAGAUACUUGCCAAAGCGAUCGGCAACUUGGUUUCCAAAUUACCUCUUGCGACUAUCGAAGAAAACACGAAAGCACCUUGGAGGCCAAGGCUAAGGAAGCAUCAAGCUCGCCGGCCAGACCUGAGUGUUACCAGUAUUUUAGGCGUCAAAUGGGCAACGAACCUGGCCUACGAUGAAGCCAAAUCUGCCAUGUAUAGCGACGAUCACCUUAUUAUUUGCAAGGAUCUGAUCAAGGUAGCCAGAUUUUGCAAGGACGCUCUCGACGACCAGUUGUUCGAAGGAAUUCUGGCGCAUUUAUACCAUGAUUCCUCUGGCAAUUAUCAAGUCCAAGACAGCAUCAACGACUUGCCGGGUUUGUUUUACAAGGUUCCUGAUAUUGCCAAAGUUUUGGACAUCUUUGAACGCGACUGUGUUCGUGCAGCACACCCAGAGACCAUCAAGCAUCGCUGUGCUCCGACCUUUCUAAUGGCAAAUAUGCAACAGCUCUUUUCCCAGUCCAAGAACCGCAAGAGAUAUCGUCAUAUAAAAUUUUACCACAAUUGA